AUGAGUGAGUACCGCUGCGAUGCUAUACUCGUGGAGCAGCACCAGAUACGAUCCGUGCCGUUGCCCAACAACACGGAGAACGAAGCGCAGAUUCGCGACCCGGAGAAGAUGGAAACUCUAGAAUGGCUCUGGGAUACAGUUGCUCAUCCGAUCCUGAGCGCAUUGGGCUUCGCUCAACGUCACAAAUCGUCGCUUGAGAAAUGGCCGCGAAUUUGGUGGGUUGCUACAAGCACCAUGACCAAAUUCCCCUUUCAUGCCGCUGGACGCCAUAAAGAUGCGUCCGCCAGCGUUCUAGACAGGGUCAUGUCAUCGUAUAGCCCCUCUAUCAAGACAAUAAUACGGAGUCGACGACGUGGUGUUGGAGAUGCUACGCCAGGCCCGAGCCAGGCUCUUCUGGUCGCUAUGAAACAUACACCGGAACAGGCCAGUCUUACCUUUGCAGCCAGAGAAAUAAAGGUGAUUCGUGACUUGGUCAAAACGAUGCAUCUGGAAGCCAUUGAGCCAGGACGUCACGAACAUGACGUCAUGGCACUCUUGCCGCAAUGUAAGGUGUUUCAUUUCGCUGGACAUGGCCAUACAGACGCUCACGAUCCAAUGAGAAGCCCUCUGAUUCUACAAGAUGGAAAGGAUAAUCCUCUGACAGUCGCAAACCUUCUUAAGGUAAAUCUCCGAGAGUAUUUGCCCUUCCUCGCCUACUCUAUGCCUGUGGAACCGGACGGAUGA